AUGAUAAUAGACAAAACUCAUGAAGCCGUACCUGGAAAACCAAUCGCUACCUCUUCGUCUCCAAGGGCUUCAACGGCGAUCUCGCCAUCUCCGGAUCCAAGAAAACAAUCUCCGCCAGCUGAUCUCUACGUGAAUGAUUGUCUCACCAUCCACGGUGUCGACGGCGUACUGGACCCUAACUCUGUGUCCAAGUGCAUGUUUCUUGAUCAAAUGCUUCUGAUAAAAUCUGGAGGAGUCGAUCCAUCUCCAUCUCAAUCUCAAUCGCCUCUUGAUCAUGCGGUUAAGGCUUUGAGAGGAGUGCUCGCUGUUUCACACACCAUAGAUGAACUCAAACAUUCUUCAGCCAAGAAGUUCACCCGCGACACCUUCGAUGGCAACCAAGUCUUAGAGCUCAGAUACGAAGCUUACUUGCGAAUGACGAUUCGCUGCACCAAAUCCAUCUGUUCAUCGGCUCGUUCCUCUUGGAAUCCCCACUCCAUCGCCGUCGCUCACCGCCUCGGUCCCGUUCCAGUCGGCCACACCAGCGUCUUCAUCGCCGUCUCUGUUGUUCAUCGUGCUGAAGGUUUGGAUGCUUGUAAAUUUCUGAUUGAUGAGAUCAAGGCUCCUGUUCCGAUUUGA